GUCAAUGGUGAUACAAAUAUCGUAUUACUAAUGCAGAUCCAGGAUCUAACAAACAUUUUACAGGAACAAACAGUCAAGGAUAAUAUUAACAAUAUUCAUUCUCUACUCGCAACUCACAAGUAUCUACCUGGUGAAGGGAAGCCAAGAAAAGUUGAUCGUCAUAAUCCUUAUGCAAAGCAAUUCACUUCGCAAGAUGGAGAUCUUGAAAAAGAACUGAACCAGGAAAACAAGUCAUUGGUUGAAGAUAGUGACAUGGAAGAAGCCGAACUGACAAAGAUCCAGGAAAUUCAACACAUCACCCAAACAAUACCAGGAUUCGUUGAAGUACCAAUUAUAAAGCUUACUGAGAUAAGCCAGACUUUCGAAGAAAUUUUCAACUUUCUUGCCGAAACUGAGAAACAGGUCCAAAAAAUAAAAUUCGACGAAGAAACUGGUAACAAUUACGAAUUUUAUGAGGAGAUAUUGGAGGACUAUUAUAAAAAUCUUCCAAUAGCAAAAGACAAAGGGAUGGUCGAACCUGCUGAAUUCAU